CAACUGUUUUACAAGUUUUUGUUUCAGAAAAUUCAAUCUUUAAAUCAUGUCCUCUGAUCUGGAGAAAGGUAUAAAGGAGAUGAUGGAAUCUAUGAACAAUCUCGGCGCAAAUGUUUGUGAUCUUGCUAAAAAUAAUCCGGACAACUUCUAUCAAAUGCUCAAAGGAAACAAAUCGGCGGCGGUGAAUGAUGCCCUGCGGGGCAGAGCUGAUGGGGAAAGAGAAUUGAGUCAAACUUUCCAAGAUAUUGAAUCUGGAAAAUUGAAAGUACCGAUAACUUACGAAAACCCACCAUCAACCCCUCUCAAAGGAUACAAAGCCGAAGUAUUGAGGACUAAGUGGGAUAUCUGGAUGGAUUAUCGACCUCAUGAGAGAAGGUUCAACCACUUCUCCCCGUGGAUGAUCAGCCUAUACAAGGGGGACUACGACAUCUUCAUCACGGAGGUUAAUAGCGUUCUGUCCAGUUUGAAUGAAGAGGAGCUAAAGAAAAGACUUGAAAUGCGGGAAACUCUUCUCUGCGUUGGUGCCGUGUUCCACACAAUAAUUGGAGCCAGGUCCCUCGUUCCUGGGAGCGAAUACCGUUACAACACGGAGAAGCUCCACGGUAAGGCGGGAAUGGAGCACAUGAAAAUUCUAAAUAAAUUGCUGGAGCUUGGGGCCAACGUCACGAACCUCCAUGAUAUUGCCGGAUAUACCCCGCUCCACCAUUGCCUGACGUCCCAGGGGAACUCUGUAACCUACGAGAUGGCUAAGCUACUGCUGAGUAAGGGUGUGGAUCCUAAUGCGCGGAACAGGUUCGGAGUUCCGCCCUUGUCCAUAUGCGUGAUGGCAGGGAACCUGGAGUUCGUCGAGCUUCUCGUCAAUCAUGGUGCUGAUCCAAAUAUCAAGGAUAAUGACGGUGUUAACGCCUCGAGAUUGGCUCAGUACUACCCGGCCCUGGCCAGGAUACUCAAGAAGGGGGAGAAGGGUAUCCUCAAGGAAGAACGGGAGAUCGCCAAACAGAAUAAUCUCCUCAAGAAAUGUGCACACUGCAAACAAUCUGCAGAAAAUCGUUGCACAGGAUGCUUCCUUGAAUGGUAUUGUGGUGCUGCUUGCCAGAAAACAGAUUGGACCAAUCACAAGACGAUAUGUAAACAGAGAAGAAAGGAGUUUCUCCCUGUCAAGUUCAUGUCUCUCACCACCACCGGGUUCAACCAUCAGACUGGGAAGACCUUCAUGUCCGUGAACGGGACCGGGAAGACCUUGAAGGAUGGGACCAGCAAGAAGACUAAGUCCACCUCCUUCGUGGUGAAGUUGCAAGUGCCUCUUAAAGGAGGCGUAGGACAGCCAAUGAUGGUUUAUAAUAAGGAACGGAGUGUUCAGGGUAUGCUUGAGGAACAAGGAGAAGCUGGAGCUACACUCGGACAAGUUGUUCGAACCAAGGGAUACAACAAGAACAAAGGAUACUUCUACGCUAUCCUGGAGAAUGAAAACCUUCUUAUUAAUCCUUGCAUCUUACCCCCAGAAACCUGGUAGACUAGUAUACCGUAGAAACCUGGUCGAUAAUCUACAUUAUUCAUAAAACCUGGUCGAUAAUCUACUUUAUCCCUUAAACCUGGUCGAUAAUCUACUUUAUCCCUUAAACCUGGUCGAUAAUCUACAUUAUUCAUAAAACCUGGUAGACCAUUUACAUUGUCCUUAAAACCUGGUAGGUCAGUUACAUUAUCUCUAAAAACUGGUAGAUAAUCUACAUUAUCCGAACUGAGACCCGGUUGGAAAUCUUCCUCCGUUUGGCUGAUAUAUUCACCUCAAGUCAGCUUGGAUUUGUAAAAAAAAACAUUUUUAUUUUACGUUGGACUCGUUGAAGGUUGAAUUUAAUAUGCUCUGUGAUCUGAAAUUUUCAAUUGAUUCUCAAACCUAGUCUUUCCAUCCUAAUCUUCUUUACAUUUUGAUGUGAUAUUUUUAUACAGAGUUAUCUCUUAAGGAGUAAAAUUUCCCAAGACGGAAUUUGUUCUCAAUAUGAAAUCUAAGGUUAAAAUGUUAAAUAUUCUCAAAAGUUUGUGACCAAGCAUGUCUGUUCGGAAAUUUAUUGCUUUUAUAUUUAUAUUUAUAAUUGUAUUUUUUUCAGAAAA